AUGAAGACCGCCGCCGUCGCCCUUGGUCUCGCAGCCAGCGCCCUCGCGGCUCCUGCGCCGUCCGCUGAGUCGCUCAACCAACAAUGCUGCUUCGGCAUCUCUGCCUACGGCGUCAAGGGCUCUGUCUCUGAAGGCUUCUGGGGCAACGUCAAGCAGCUCCCCGACGGUCAGCUUCGCAUCGGACAAACGAACCUCCAGUACGAUUCCAGCUUCUGCACCAACAGCUGGAGCUACAGCUUGUAUGACCAGAACCACUUCGGCUGCGUCCUCGCCGGCUGGGAGAAGCAGUUCCAGUGUGACCACGGCAAAGCUUCCUGGACCGGCUGGCACAUCGGCUACGAAGGCAUCGUCACCCUCCAUGGCAGUGCUCAAUGGUGGGCUUGCCCGACCGGCGACCACUCUGGACACAACAUCUACAAGGCCCCUCUUCCCGGUGACUACUGCUCCGAGGUCACUCUCGUCGCGAACAGGUGCAGAGCCGCAGAACUUCCCAUCUGUCAGCACUCCUCGUUGCGCUUCGCCUCCUUGCACCCAGUCGAUUCCCACCCCCUCGAGGUCCGCGAGUUCGGUGUCCGUUCUGGAUGCCUGAACCGCAGCUCAAGGUGCCCUGGUGAGCUCAGCGGCAACUGGGAGUUCCCGCACUUGAUCGUUCCUGUCGAGUCCAACAGGCCUGACUUUGCCCCUGGCACCUCCUUCUUCGGCACUGUCUCCAAGUCAGUCAAGUCGUACUUCAACUUCGACAUCCCCGGUCACUACUCUGGCAAGACCUGCACGGUCAGGUUCAUGUUCCCUGAGCAAUGGCAACUCGAAACCUCCAGCUUCGAACUGAGGGGCCUCGGCCACGUCUACGCCGGCUGGACCAGGGGAGUCUCCAAGUCGACUACCUACAGCACCGCUCCCCAGUGCGAGAACAGGAAUGCCUUCACCUUCAGGCCCGGCAACAGCUACGUCCUUAGCAGGGCGCAGUGCACGCCCGGCGUCAUGGGCUUCUACAUCGAAGGAGUCUCUGAUACUUACCUCAGGUGGUUCCAGGACUUCAACCCUUGCCCCAUUGGUCUCUACCUCACUGCCGAGUAG